AUGGAGAUUGUCAAGUCGUUGGAAGGCCAUUUGCAGAACCCUGGGGCACCCAUAUAUCAGGCGAUGCUCUUGAACAGGCAGGCGAUACUCAAGGUGCGGGACAUCUUGGGCUCCCACGAGUUCCAGCACUGCCAGAGCUGUCUGUCAUUAGUCGCUACCGUUAUGGGUCUGGUUGUGGGGUUGUAUGAGGUGGUUUCAAUCACCAUUCAUCAGCCUGCGACUGCGACCCGCGGUGGGCCUAUCCCAGAUAGCAGCCCUUCUGAAUUGGCACCAUCGGCCCCCAGUGUGAUUGGUAUGUCUGUCUUCCGGUUUGGAUCUCUUGAAUUUGACCCUGACGAGCAAGAAAUCUUCGAAACUGCGAUGGUUCGACGGGACCUAUCCCGUUACAUCGAAGCCAUUCGGCACUGCAGCCAAAAAAUCCAUCAGCAACAACAGCUGGAAAUCAACAGGAUAGAAUGGCGGUCCAGCAUGGAGGGUUUCAAGCAAUAA